AGCUCAGUCAACUCCAGCAGCGAGACGGGGAGAUUUUGCAACAACAAGAAAUCUAUCGUCAUCGUGGUCUGCAAUUCGUGAACAUGCACAUGUCCAUCUGGACGUUCUAUCUAUCUAUAGUACUAUGCGCAAAUUCGUGGAUGUGACAAAAGCAAUGGAUUCGGGGAUCACCAGUGCGCAUUUCGUCCCUUUGCCAGCAAGCAGAGCUCUUGUGCAACCCUUAUUUUUGUGCGUCCAAUCCUCAAGGCCGAUUAAUUUCUCGUCUCUGCUACUCUAGUGCGAUAACCCAUCUGUUGUUUUAGCCAUUUGAAGCUUUAGGGUCGCCAUCUGGGCUUCGCAGCGAUGGCAGCUUUCAUGGUGAGGCAGCGAGGGCAGGGGCUGUGGAAGAAUGCGAUGGCCAUGGGCCAGCAGUACAUGCAGCUUCGGCAGAUGGGCUCGGCCGCUAAGAAGAUCGAUCUAGAAUCUGAUGUCGCCUUGCAGGAGGCUCGCACCUGGGACGAGGGCGUCUCCACCAAAUUCUCCACUACCCCAGUUUCCGAGAUCUUCAAGGGGAAGAAGGUUGCUAUCUUUGGUCUUCCUGGUGCAUUCACAGGGGUUUGUUCUCAGAAACAUGUGCCAAGUUUCCUGAACAACUCAGACAAGUUGAAAUCGAAGGGAAUAGACUCCAUUGUGUGUGUCUCUGUGAACGAUCCCUACACCAUGAAUGCCUGGGCAGAGAAGCUGGGUGCCAAGGACAAGAUCAAAUUUUAUGGUGAUUUCGACGGCAAGUUCCACAAAUCUCUUGGCCUCGACCUCGAUCUGUCAGGCGCUCUUCUCGGACCUCGCUCUCAAAGGUACGCGGCAGUCGUUGAGGACGGAAAAAUCAAACAAUUGAACGUUGAGGAAGUCCCGUCAGACUUCAAAGUAUCCGACGCCGAAACACUGUUGAAAGGACUGUAGAACAAUGCAGUUAAUGUUGGUGGAGGUUCGUAGAGUUUAUGUAGCAGGAGAAUCACGUCCUUUGCACACGUGACUUGGAAACUUAUAACUUAUUGUGACAAUUGUAAUCACCGCCAACGUUAUGCCAACCCCCGUCCGCCGGGUGCUACCUACUGAACAUGCCAAUCUUAGUAGACAGAGGACAUGGACAAAUACGGUUCUCACAAAUUCUAUUCUCGAACUACCAACUUCAAAUCUGA